AUGCGUCACGAAGACACAAUGCCCUCGGUCAUCGCGCCCUCGGACCUUUCAACGACCCUGAGCGACACGGAGGACUGCCCCCAGGUCGCCCCCGAACUCCUGCACAACCUCAAGCACGACAGUUCCGUGCUCGCCCUUGCCGUCAGCGCCGAGAACGAACGCAUAUAUGCCGGCACCCAAGAUGGCGAGAUUGUUGUGUGGUCGCUGGCUACCUUCCACCAGGAGCGUAUCGUCCAGGCCCACAAACGCAGCGUCCUAAGCCUGUACCUGACCCCCGACGGCUCUAUGCUGUUCUCGAGCGCCGGCGACCCCAUCAUCAACGUCUGGUGCCCCAAGACCAUGAAUCGCCUGUAUGAGAUCUACAGCACCUACGACGUUGGCGACAUCUUCUCCGUCGCCUACAGCGCCCAGCACGACACUGUCUACGUCGGCGCCCAGAACACCUCGAUCCAAUGGGUCAGCCUGACGGAUCCCAACAACCGCGUGACUCACGACUCGUCCCAGCAUCCUGACCGCCGGAACCACCGCUUCUUUGACUCGCGAGCCGUCGGCGGCACCUCGACCCCGCGCCGCAACGACGAAAGAUGGGCCCUGAUCCCGCGCUCCGAGAAGGUUGUCGAGAUACACCCGGGCGCUCUGCAGAUGUUCGCUCACUACGGCUACGUCUACUCGAUGCUCAUGGCCAAGGGCCCGACCGUUCUGGUGGAACCCGAUGAGGAGGUGCUUAUUUCGGGCGGAGGCGACGGCACAAUCAAGCUUUGGAAGCUGGGCGCCGAAGGAGACGACCAGGCGGCCGAAAAUGAUCGUGAGCCGGGCUUGCAGGAGCUCAUGUCGCUUGGCGCCGAUGACGCCGAAUCCGUCAUGUCUCUUGCCAUUGACGGCUCGUUUCUGUACGCCGGCAAGCUUCAGGGGGUUAUUGAGCUUUGGGACCUCGACACGAAAUCCAAGUUGAGGGUGAUCAAGGGGCACAGGGGAGACGUCAUGACCCUGCAAAUGAGCUGGGGCUACCUUCUCAGUGCUUCGCGGUCUGGCUCUGCGAGCAAACACACGACCGCUCACUAUGGAAAGUACCAAGACAAACGGGCUGCCAACAUCAGCCAGAAGUACCAAUGUGUCGCACGCUGGAAGGCACAUGAGGGCAAGGUCCUGUCGUCAGCAGUGACGACCUACAACAACAGACAGUACUACAUCACGGGCGCCAAUGACGACGACGUCGCUAUCUGGCACAUUGACUGCUCGUCUCUCGAGGAGCAGAAGGAGGUUGACGAGGCCAACGACGUGAUGAUCAAGACCCUCGGAGAGUUUGUGUCAUACCGGACUGUGUCGUCGCGUCCCGAGUUCGCCGAGGAUUGUCGGCGAGGCGCGACAUUUCUCGGAUCGUUGUUCAAGAGGCUCGGAGGCCAUGUUGAGAUGCUGAGCACGGAGAGCAGCCCGCACAACCCAGUCGUUCUGGCCAAAUUCGACGGUACGCUCGAGCCGGCCGAGAAGAGGAAGAAGAUUCUCUUCUACGGCCAUUACGAUGUCGUCCCGGCCGACACCAAAAAGGGCAAGUGGGAGACGGAUCCCUUCCAAAUGAAGGGCAUCAACGGGUAUCUGUACGGCAGAGGUGUCAGUGAUAACAAGGGGCCAAUCAUGGCCGCACUGUAUGCAGUGACGGACCUGCUGCAGGCGAAGAAACUUGCCAACGACAUCAUCUUCCUGAUCGAGGGCGAGGAGGAAUCGGCGUCUCGCGGUUUCAGAGAGAUUGUCCGCAAGAACAAAGACCUGAUUGGCGAUGUCGACUACAUCCUCCUGGCCAACAGUUACUGGCUCGACGAUGAGGUUCCCUGUCUCACUUACGGACUGCGCGGCGUUCUGCAUGCCACCGUCUGCGUCGACUCCCACCUGCCGGACCAGCAUUCCGGCGUGGACGGCUCUUACAUGAACGACGAGCCUCUAUCAGAUCUCACCUCGACGCUGUCGAAGCUGAAAGGCCCCGGUAAUAAGGUGCUCAUCCCCGGGUUUUACGAUGACAUCUUCCCGGUCACAGCCGAGGAGGAGACACGCUACGACGACAUCGCGUCAACGCUGAUGCGGCAGAACCCAGAAAAGGGGCCCGCCGACAAGCUCAAGGGCGCGUUGAUGGCCCGCUGGAGAGAGCCCAACCUGACGAUUCAUCGAUACAAGGUGUCCGGGCCCGACGGCAGCCUGGUGAGCAGCCACGCGAGCGCCAACAUCAGCCUGCGCCUCGUACCAGGCCAGGAGGUCAAUGACGUGAUUGCGUCGCUGAACUCGUACCUGGAGAGCGAGUUCGCGACGCUCGAGUCCAAGAACUCGCUGACCAUCAAGGUCGAUAAUAAGGCGGAGCCCUGGCUCGGCGACCCAACCAACGCCAUCUUCCAGACACUCGAGGAGGCCAUCAUACAGGCCUGGUCUUCCGUCUUCGAGGGCGGAGCGGCCGACGACGGCGCCGAGGGGGCGGCAGCAGAGACGAAGGAGAAGAAGCCGAAGAAGCCACUGUACAUUCGCGAGGGCGGCUCGAUCCCUGCGAUCCGGUUCCUCGAGAAAGAGUUUAGCGCACCUGCCGCUCACCUCCCCUGCGGACAGGCGAGCGACUCUGCCCACCUGGACAACGAACGUCUCAGGGUGCUGAACCUGGUGAAGAGUAGGGAGAUUAUCGGGUCUCUAUUCGCCCGCCUGUAG